AUGACCCAGGAACGGCUGCGGCUCGUCCGCGAACGGUUGCGCUCCUUCCCUGACUUCCCGGUGCCCGGCGUGCUUUUCCGCGAUAUCAGCCCUUUGCUGAAGGAUCCUGCAGCUUUCAGGGCUUUGCUUGAUCUUCUGGAAGAUCAUUUGAGGGCGUCUUUCCCCCAAAUCGACUUUAUCGCAGGCCUGGACUCCCGUGGCUUCCUCAUAGGCCCCUCUCUGGCUCAGAGACUGGGGAUCGGCUUCGUGCUGGUACGGAAAAAGGGGAAGCUUCCCGGUCCGACCGAGUCUGUCUCCUACGACCUUGAGUAUGGCAAGGCUGAACUUGAAAUCCAGAGUGAUGCUGUGGAACCGGGACAAAAAGUAGUUAUUGUAGAUGACUUGCUUGCAACUGGAGGUACCAUGUGUGCAGCCUGUGAGCUGAUGAAGAGGCUGAAGGCUGAAGUCCUGGAGUGCCUGGUGGUCAUAGAGUUAAAAUUCCUGAAAGGGUCAGAAAAGCUCAAAUCCAUCCCUUUCUACUCUCUGCUGCAGUAUGACUGACGAGGAGGAGGGAGAAGGAAAUGCACGCCCUGAGCUGUGCACAAGUUUGGGGCUUUAUUCGGUGACUCUUGUUGUCACAGGGGGGUGGGCAGGGGCGGGGAAUCUAAAAUUUUGAUCC